GCGCUCUCCAGCUCUGCCGCUGCCUGAGACGCCGCCUCCCUUCUCCCUGGAUCCUCUCGGGCUCCACCUGGGUUCCCCUCGGCCGCUGGCGUCGCGCUUCAGGGGGGCGAUGUACGCAGGGCUGCAGGAAGUGGCGUUGGCCUCAGUCUUCCCGCCCGCCUCGUCCUCCAGGUCCUCGGCCGCCUGUCGAGUGUCGUACGCAGCCAGGCUGCCCGGCCCCUCCCCCUGGCCAGAUGGAUCCCUCUGCCCCCAAGCCUCGCGCGGAAACCGCCGGCAAAGACAUAUGGCAUCCAGGAGAAAGAUGUCUUGCCCCUUCUCCAGAUAAUGGGACACUUUGUGAAGCAAGCGUAAAAUCUGUCACAGUGGAUGAAAAUGGGAAGUCCUUUGCAAUCAUCUUAUAUUCAGAUUUUCAAGAAAGAAAAGUACCUCUUAAAAGACUUCAAGAAAUAAAAUCCAUUAAAGAUUGCUCCAGGAAUUUUAUAUUUGAUGAUGAAGAUUUGGAAAAACCUUAUUUCCCAGACCGAAAAUUUCCAUCAUCUGCUGUUGCUUUUCCAUUAUCUGAAGAUGGGGACUCUAUUCCUUAUACUAUUAAUAGGUAUUUGAGAGACUACCAAAGGGAAGGAGCCCAGUUUCUCUAUGCACACUUCAUUCAAGGAAAAGGAUGUAUUCUUGGUGAUGACAUGGGACUUGGAAAAACAGUACAGGUUAUUUCAUUUUUGGCUGCAGUUUUGCAUAAAAAGGGAACUCGUGAAGAUAUUGAAAACAACAUGCCGGAAUUUUUACUAAGAAGUAUGAAAAAGGAGCCUCCUUCUAUAGCAAAAAAAAUGUUCUUAAUAGUUGCUCCUCUUUCUGUCCUCUACAACUGGAGGGAUGAAUUGGACACCUGGGGAUAUUUCAGAGUCACUAUUUUACAUGGUAACAAAAAAGACAAUGAACUGAUUCGUGUAAAGCAAAGGAAAUGUGAAAUUGCUCUAACAACUUAUGAAACACUACGUUUAUGUCUGGAGGAACUUAACAGUUUGGAAUGGUCGGCUGUUAUUGUAGAUGAAGCUCACAGAAUCAAGAAUCCAAAGGCUCGAAUAACAGAAGUUAUGAAAGCUUUGAAAUGUAAUGUCCGCAUUGGUCUCACUGGAACCAUUCUUCAGAACAACAUGAAAGAACUGUGGUGUGUUAUGGACUGGGCUGUGCCAGGACUUUUAGGUAGUAGGAUCCACUUCAAGAAGCAGUUUUCUGACCCAGUAGAACAUGGUCAGAGACACACAGCAACAAAAAGAGAACUAGCCACUGGCCGAAAGGCCAUGCAAAGGCUUGCGCAAAAGAUGUCUGGGUGGUUUCUCAGGCGUACCAAGGCUCUAAUCAAGGAUCAGUUGCCUAAGAAGGAAGACCGGAUGGUAUACUGUUCUCUGACAGAUUUUCAGAAAGCUGUCUAUCAAACAGUAUUAGAAACAAAAGAUAUGACUUUGAUACUUCAGUCUUCUGAGCCUUGUAGCUGCAGCAGUGGCCGGAAAAGGAGAAAUUGUUGUUAUAAGACCAAUUCACAUGGUGAAACAGUGAAAACCUUGUAUUUCAGUUACCUUGCCGUCCUUCAGAAGGUAGCCAACCAUGUUGCACUACUGCAGUCUACUGGCACCUCCAAACACCAGGAAACACUUAUCAAAAGAAUAUGUGAUCAGGUAUUUUCCAAGUUCCCAGAUUUUGUGCAGAAAAGCAAAGAUGCAGCUUUUGAAACCCUAUCUGAUCCAAAAUACAGUGGGAAAAUGAAGGUCCUUCAGCAGCUUUUAAAUCAUUGCAGGAAAAACAAAGAUAAAAUACUUCUUUUCUCCUUUUCCACCAAGUUGCUUGAUGUUCUGCAGCAAUACUGUAUGGCGGCUGGACUUGAUUACCGACGACUUGAUGGAAGUACGAAAUCAGAGGAAAGACUCAAGAUUGUGAAAGAGUUCAACAGUACACAAGACGUUAACAUUUGCCUAGUAUCCACAAUGGCUGGUGGACUAGGCCUCAAUUUUGUUGGUGCCAAUGUUGUUGUAUUAUUUGAUCCUACUUGGAAUCCAGCCAAUGAUCUUCAGGCAAUUGACAGAGCAUAUAGGAUUGGGCAGUGCAGGGAUGUGAAAGUAUUUAGGCUGAUAUCUUUGGGAACUGUGGAGGAAAUCAUGUACUUACGACAGGUAUACAAACAGCAACUUCACUGUGUGGUGGUUGGAAGUGAAAACGCCAAGCGAUAUUUUGAAGCAGUUCAAGGAUCAAAAGAGCAUCGAGGAGAGCUUUUUGGGGUCUAUAAUCUCUUCAAACUAAGGUCCCAAGGGUCUUGUCUUACAAGGGACAUCCUUGAGAGAGAAGGCAAAGUGGAAGCAGGGAUCAUGACGGCCACAUCAUGGUUGAAAGAGGAGCCUCUGGCACACAAACAAGAAACGUCUAGAGAGACUGACUGUCAAGAACACAGAAGUCUAGAACAACCUGCUGAGUUGCCAACAAAUGAAGCAUGUGAUCUCUGCAGUGAUUUUAGUGAUGAUGAAUCAGUGGGAAGCUCAAGAACAAAGACUGCUAAAAACAAAGCAUCUGACUCAAGUAAAGCUUCGGGUUCUCCUGGACAGCUUACCCUACUCCACUGUGGUUUCUCUAAAUUGUUUGAAACAAAAUACAAAGCAGUUGAUGAUAGUGAUGGAAAUACUGCCUCUGAUGAUGAAAGCUCUGAUGAACAGCCCAUGUGUCUUUCAACAGAAGCCAAAGAUAUUGGUUAUCAGAAAUGUCAUGACUCUCUUGGUACUUCAAAACACCAGAAAUUAGCGAGUAUCCUAAAUCCAAAUGAAAAAUGUAUUUUUGAUAAAAGUGAGAAAAUUUUCAAACAAAAUAUUUCUUCAGAGUCUGGUGAUGAGAAACAUUUUAAAAAUACAACUGACCACCAUUGCACUUUACCAAAUGUCACAGAAUCAGAAGAUAGUGAUGUCAUCUUUCCUACACAAUAUACGACUCAGAGAUGCCCUAAGAAUGGUAUAAAGUUUAAGCCACUUGUGGAUGGACCUCAAGAUUCUGAAACAGAUAAUCCUGUAAAAAUAAGAAAUAAUGGUGAUGAUAGAAAGACUGAUGUCAAAGAAAAUAGACAAAUUUCAAAACAAUUAAAUCCUGAGAACAUGACCCUGAAAUCUAUUAUGAAAAGAAAAGGCAGUAGUGAUAUUAGUGAUGAGUCUGAUGACAUUGAAAUUUCCUCUGAGUCAAGAGUAAGAAAGCGAAGAACUACCAGUUCUUUGAGGUUUAAGAGAAAAAAGGAAAAUAAAAAGGAACCUCUCACUUUUCCUAAAACAAUGAAGAAAACAAAUCAACUGUAUGAAGCAAAUGGAGAUUGUAACUCUCAGGCUAUUGAUGAUUUUUCAUCCUCAGAUGAUGAUAUAACUGUUCGCCACAUCAGUUUCUCUAAACAGAGCCAUCCACCAAAAACUAUAAAAGAUAGAAUCAGUUUCUCUUCAAAAUUGCCUAACCAUAAGGAAAAUGGCACUUGUAUGCCAAGAAAAUCAAUGAAAUUUUCAAAUGAGAAAAUUGUCAAUCAAGAGCAGGUGUAUGAGUCAAUGGAUAAAUUUUUAGAUGGUGUUCAGGAAGUGGCUUAUAUUCACUCCAACCAGACUGUGAUUGGAUCCAGCAAAGCUGAAAAUCACAUGAGCCGAUGGGCAGCAUGGGAUGUGUUUGAAUUGAAGCAGUUUUCCCAGCUUCCCGCCAAUGUAGCUGUUUGCACUUCUAAGACACAUAAAGAAAAAGUGAAAACAGAUACAUUGACACAUACAAAGAAAGGUCACCAACUAAGUGAAGGAAGUAUUUCAUUUCCCCUUUACAUUUCACACCCUGUAACCCAGAAGAAGAAAAAAGUCUACCGCACAGACCAGACCACCUUCAUAAUUGGGGAAACACCAAAGGGAAUCCGCAGAAAACAAUUUGAAGAAAUGGCUUCUUAUUUUAACUUGCCUUCUGUAAAGGAAUUUGCUGAACAUAUAACUAAUGCCACAUCAGAAGAACGACAGAAAAUGCUAAAAGACUUUUAUGCUUCUCAGUAUCCAGAGGUAAAAGAAUUUUUUGUGGAUUCUGCUGCAGAACUCAUUAAAUCUUCCCAUCAGAAAAAAGAGAGAGUCAGGAAUAAGUCUGAAAAAAGAGAAUCUCUUAAGAAAGAAAGGCUGUCAGAUUCUGAAACUUUGUCAUUUAAAGAUUCUCCCAAAAAAGUUUCUCAAAUUUGCAGCCCCCAGAAAUAUAAAGAAAAAUCAAUUAAGUUUCAAAAUCAUGGUUUCCAUAGAGAAGAAGUGCUUCCUAAUGAUGGAGAAACUAACAAGUCACCUAUGAACUCUACCCAAGAGACUGACAAUGGGAAAAACAGCCAAGCCUCCAAAGACACUGUAGCAUCCCAUUCCCUGAACACUGAAGUAUAUGAGUUAGAAAAAUUUGAAUAUACCAUGAAAGACCAGCAGGACCUAACAAGAACAGGCAUUUCAAGAAAUGAACCCCUUUUCAAAGUGGAGAACAAAAAGCUAGAAAAUCCAGAGUUAGGAAACACUUCCGUGGUAGGCUUACUUGGUGACACAUCUAUUCUUGAUGACCUCUUUAAAAGUCAUGGGAACAGUCCCACACAGCUGCCAAAGAAAGUUCUUUCAGGGCCCAUGGAAAAAGCAAAACAGAGACCAAAAGAUUUCUGGGACAUCUUGAAUGAACAGAAUGACGACAGUCUUAGCAAACUCACCGACUUGGCAGUGAUAGAGACUCUAUGCGAAAAAGUCCCCCUUGCUGCCUCCUCCAAAAAGAAAGAGGAGCUGGAAACUUCACUUUGGAAAUCAAAUGACAAAUUUUUGUGGAAAAAAUUUAGCACAAGUGAUACAGAUGAAAACAUAACUAAUGCACAAAAGUAACGCAUAAACAUACAAUGAACUACUCUAACCAGUGAGCUUCUACCCUCCCAAGAUCACAACACUGUGUUCCACACUAAUAAUGAUGUUCCCUUGAACACCGUUGUCAACAUAUGUUUUUUAUUCAACUCUUGCUCUAGGGUUGUUUUAGCCUAAAAGGUUAUCGUGUAUUUUUUCCUUGAUAUCUGAUUUGAUCUUUUAAAAGUAUGAUUGUAUUAUAGCGUAAACAUCUUUAUGAAAUAGAAAAGGUCUGAAUUUAUUAUCAGGAGACCUGGGGCAUCUCCCUCACUGAGUAAUUAU